CGACCCCGAAAGGAUGAAAGACAAAGUCGACCUCGGCGGAAUUUGAACUCAGAACGUAGCGGCAGGCGAAACACUGCUAAGCAUUACGCCCGGUGUGCUAACAUAUCUGCCAGCUCGCCGCCCUCAGAACAUACAUUACCUACGCGGACAAAGACAAUUUCAGAUUCUAAAUAUCGCGAUAUAAAUAUGUCUACAUCUACCAGCUGGAUUAAACAAUAUUUUUCCUGUCGAAGGAGAUUAUGUUAUGCCUGUGCUACGGGUUUUCUUUUGAUGCAAGCAAUGCGAGUUGAUCUGAGUAUGGCUUUUGUUUGUAUGUUGAAGACACCCAAUCGUACAACUGAGGAAGUUAACGUCACCGCAAACAACCAGCAUUGUUCCGGUUUAAGCAAUCAUUCUAUAAAUAGAGAUUUUGAAGGAGAAUUAGAAUGGAGUGACACAUUACAAGCAAACAUGUUGGCUGGGUACUUCUAUGGGUAUGUUGCAACUAAUGUUUUGGGUGGAUUUUUGGCAGACAAAUAUGGUGGGAAAAGAGUUCUUGGGAUUUCAAUUCUCUUAGCAUCAAUUUUGACCCUUCUUCACCCCAGUUUAUCUCGAAUUAAUGGUUACUAUACACUUGUUCUAAGAAUAUUAACAGGCGCAGUAUCGGGGCCGCUGCCUCCGUCGAUUCACUCCUUAUUCGGACGUUGGGUCCCUCCACAAGAAAUUAGUUUAUUGAUUGGGUUUGCAUUUGCUGGACAAAUUUUAGGAAGUAUUUUAGGUCUUUCAGUAUCGGGUUUCCUUUGUAUAUAUGGAUUUGAUAACGGAUGGGGUUCUAUAUUUUAUAUAUUUGGUGGAAUAUCGUUGGUGUUUUGUUGUGUGUGGUUUUAUGUGGUUUAUGAUAACCCAGAUGUCCAUCCAACCAUCAGCAAAGAAGAAAGGUCUUAUUUAAACAAAACAAUAGCGAGUGAAAAUGGGGUCAAAAAAGUGCCUUUGCAGCGGUUGUUGUUUUCGCCUGCGGUUUGGGCCAUCAACUUCGGUUUGUUCGCUUAUGCCUGGACGGAUUUAUGUUUCCAGAUACUGCUACCUCUAUACAUGAAAGGAGCCUUAAAUGUGAAUACAACAUCCAACGGUUUAAUGUCAUCUGCACCUUCGGUUGGACAAAUUAUUGCUUUGCCCUUAGGUGGAAAGCUUGCAGAUAUUUUACUUUCAAAGAAAUAUCUGUCAACACGUUCUGUUCGUGUUUUAUUUCAAACCUUUGCGCUGAUUGCUUCAGCAUGUCUGUUGAUAGCCUUAGGAUUCCUCAGAUGUGACCAAACCAUUCUAAUAACUCUCCUUUUAUUUCUCAGUGGUAUAACUUUAUCAUUUGUCAGUGGUGGUGUUCUUGUCAACAAUAGUGACAUUGCUCCACGUUUUGCUGGUAUUGUAUAUGGAAUCGCGAACACUUUUGCCUCGACGUCGGGCAGCAUUAAUUCUUUAACUACAAAAGCUUUAACCCCAAAUGGUACCCAAGAAGAAUGGCAGAUCGUGUUUGCUUUAAGUGCUGUUAUAUGUGUUGCUGGUGCUAUAUUAUUUGCCAUAUUGGUAAAAGCUGAGGUCCAAGACUGGGCAACAUGUGAGGCAUCCGUUCAUCCCAGCGACACAAAUAGAAAUAAAAUAGUCUAACUUGUUUA